UGUCCGCAGCAGACGACUUCCGGCGGUGGCGUAAACAAGGCCCCGGCGGCCGGAGGCGGGGCGGGCUGCGAGUGCGAGCCUGGUCGGCCGCUCUCCCGCUCCGAGGCAGGGUCCGGCCGCGGCGCGGUCCCCGCGAGACCCGCAGCCGCUGUGGGCGCGCGCCCCAGCGCUCGGCCCGGAGGCGGAGGCGGAGGCACAGCGCAGGAGAGGCGGGUCGUCAGCGCUGGCUGCGCGCCGCGGUCCACCGCUCCGCUUUCCUUUGUCUCCCGCCUGCGGGGCCGGAGCGGUCUCGGUGGCCAGCGGUGCAGCCUCAAGAUGGCUGAUGGCAACGAGGAUGCUCGAGCGGAGGACCUGCCGGGCCCGGCCUUCGAGAACUACGAGGCCAUGGAGCUGGCCUGCCCGGCCGAACGCAGCGGCCACGUCGCCGUCAGCGAUGGGCGCCACAUGUUCGUCUGGGGCGGCUACAAGAGUAAUCAAGUGAGAGGAUUAUAUGACUUUUAUCUACCCAGAGAAGAACUGUGGAUCUACAACAUGGAGACUGGAAGAUGGAAGAAAAUCAACACUGAAGGUGACGUUCCCCCGUCUAUGUCUGGGAGCUGUGCUGUGUGCGUGGACAGGGUGCUGUACUUGUUUGGCGGGCACCAUUCCAGAGGCAAUACGAACAAGUUCUACAUGCUGGAUUCAAGGUCUGCAGACAGAGGGUUACAGUGGGAAAGAAUCGACUGCCAAGGAAUUCCUCCAUCAUCAAAGGACAAACUUGGCGUCUGGGUGUAUAAAAACAAGUUAAUAUUUUUUGGAGGCUAUGGAUAUUUACCUGAAGAUAAAGUAUUGGGAACUUUUGAAUUUGAUGAAACAUCUUUUUGGAAUUCAAGUCAUCCAAGAGGAUGGAAUGAUCAUGUCCAUAUUUUAGACACUGAAACAUUUGCCUGGAGCCAGCCCAUCACCACUGGUAAAGCACCUUCACCUCGGGCUGCCCAUGCCUGUGCAACUGUUGGAAACAAGGGCUUUGUGUUUGGUGGCAGAUACCGGGAUGCUAGAAUGAAUGAUCUUCACUAUCUUAAUCUGGAUACAUGGGAGUGGAAUGAACUAAUUCCACAAGGUGUGUGCCCUGUUGGCAGGUCCUGGCACUCACUGACACCAGUCUCUUCAGACCAUCUUUUUCUCUUUGGAGGAUUUACCACUGAAAAACAGCCACUAAGUGAUGCCUGGACUUACUGCAUCAGUAAAAAUGAGUGGAUUCAGUUUAAUCAUCCUUAUGUUGAAAAACCAAGAUUAUGGCAUACAGCUUGUGCGAGCGAUGAAGGAGAAGUAAUUGUUUUUGGUGGUUGUGCUAACAAUCUGCUGGUUCAUCAUAGAGCUGCACACAGUAAUGAAGUACUUAUAUUUUCAGUUCAACCAAAAUCUCUUGUACGGCUAAGCUUAGAAGCAGUCAUUUGCUUUAAAGAGAUGCUAGCCAACUCAUGGAGCUGCCUUCCAAAACACUUACUUCACAGCGUGAAUCAGAGGUUUGGUAGUAACAACACUUCCGGAUCAUAAGGCUUUGUAGAUAUACUUCUGGUCUACCUGCAUGGAAAACAACCUGUAUUUGUCACACAGUGUCAUCCUUUGUAUAGUUAUAUGCAUUGUUGUAGUUUGCAGCUUUCUGGGUUUUAUGUGCAUGUGAAUGGCCUAGAGAACCUAUUUUUGUGUCUAAAGUUUACAAUAAAUGUAUUUAACACCA